AUUUUGUCUCCCACCACUUUCGAAACAAAGUCUAUACAAUAUAUGAAAAAUUCUUUUCAUUUAGCAGAAAAUUUUGAAUUUGGUAAAUUAUUUGCAAAUUUGACAAAUAUGCCAAAUAUAUUCGAUAUG